AUGGCGGCGAGCAAGCUACUUUCUGUUACCGAAAUUGGAACACACAACACGCCCUCUGACUGCUGGCUUGUUGUCCAAGGCCAGGUUUGGGAUCUAACUGAGUUCCAUCACGAGCAUCCCGGAGGUUCUGCUAUCAUUCUGAAAUAUGCCGGACGCGACGCUACAAAAGCAUAUAGUGAAGUACAUUCACCAUCCGUGAUACGCAAACAUUUACAGCCGGACAAACUCAAGGGAGCCCUGGAUACAUCUACGGUUGAUGACGAAUGGCUAUCGCUAUCAUUAUCGGAAAGUGGGAACACGCAGGGCAUGGCGGAUGGUGUUGAAGGGCCAAAGCCACCAUUAGAGACAGUCAUCAGUUCUCAUGACUUUGAAGUUGUGGCCUCAAAUACCGCAAGUAAAAAGGCGUGGGCAUUUUAUUCUAGUGCUGCUACGGAUCUGGUCACGCGAGACGCAAACAAUUUCUGCUUCAAUCGGAUAUGGUUUCGUCCGCGAGUCAUGAAAAAUGUGCGGUCUGUCGAUACACGGACGAGUAUCAUGGGUGUUGAAUGUAGUCUGCCCUUAUUUGCAAGUCCAGCAGCCAUGGCAAAAUUGAUCCAUGUGGACGGGGAAUGCGCUAUUGCCAAGGCAUGUGAGCGUAAAGGAAUAUUGCAAGGGGUGUCAAAUAAUUCUUCCUUCUCCAUCGAAGAGUUAGCCCAAGCGGCACCGAAUGGCAAAUUCUUUUUCCAAUUAUAUGUAAGCCCAGACCGCGAAAAGUCAGCAGCACUCGUACGGCAAGUAUCUUUGCUACCCCAAUUCAAAGCCAUACAUAUCACCGUCGAUGCCGCGUGCCCGGGCAAGCGCGAGGCAGACGAGCGAGUCAAGGCAGAUGAGAGCACCUCGGUGCCAAUGUCCGAUGCCCGGGCGAAGAACGACAAGAAAGGCGGAGGUUUUGGUCGCUUGAUGGCUGGCCAUAUUGACCCUGGCUUGACAUGGGAUGAUAUUGCCUUUGUGCGAAAACACACGCAUUUGCCAGUGUGCUUGAAAGGUAUCAUGUCAGCGGACGACGCCAUAUUGGCAAUGAAGGCGGGCGUCGAUGGUAUUCUUUUGAGUAAUCAUGGUGGUCGUAAUCUUGAUACCAGCCCUCCGUCUAUCAUCACGCUACUUGAGCUUCAGAGACGUGCCCCCAACAUCUUCGACCGCAUGGAGGUCUAUGUAGACAGUGGCAUUCGACGUGGAACCGAUAUACUGAAAGCUGUAGCCUUGGGAGCGACGGCAGUUGGGAUGGGUCGUAGCGUGUUGUUUGCAACGAAUUAUGGUCAGGAAGGCGUUGAGCACUUGAUUGAUAUCAUGAGAGACGAACUGGAAACCACCAUGAGAAAUACUGGAUUAACCUCCUUGGACGAGGCGAGUCCCGAACUGGUCCAUACCGGAGAUGUAGACCAUCUCGUUCCUACGAGUCGUCUACAUCCAUAUGCGAGGAAGGUGGCCAAGUCGAGACAAAGGGGAACAGCCAAGCUGUAG